GGCACCGGCUUUCUAUAUCUACUGAACCGCCAUUUUCCAAUAUAUACGUCACAGUGUAGAGAAUACAUAGACGAUCAUAACUAAUGUUUACAUUUUCCUAUUGUUCUUUAUUAAGGAUUCAUAGAAUGGAUUUUGCGAUUUCGUUUGUAUAUCAACGCUUAGUUUUUACUUAGCGAUAUCUGGAUACUUUUGUUGUUUUAUUGUGAAAUCUGGCGGGAUGCAACGCGAUGUAUUUUCUUAUUUGGAAGGGAGACUUCCGAAACAUUAUAUAGACUGUUUUGGAAAUGACGACAGACUCCAAGUCAGCAGUGAUUCGUCCGCCACCUCCAAGGUACUCCGAAGCUUUAAAAUAUCCAGCCGAUAUCAAGUCGUCUGCGAAUUUUGAAAACAGUGACAUAAUUCUGAAUGAAAACAAUCAAGGGGAAAAUUUAUAUGAAACACUUCCUGAAUUAGGUAGAAAUGUCGGCAACAAUGAUAUAUACAAAACACUUCCGGGUGAAAUUGUGUAUCUGUAUCAGCCGGGUAAUCUCUAUAGCAACGUAAGUGCUGACUCAUACCGGAAGUUGAAAUAUAUCUACAAGUUUAAGAAAGGUGCACUGGGUCAGUCUCAUAUAGUGCUAGAGGCUAUACCAGAAACGCUGGCGUCGUCAAAGCGGUCUAUGGGAGUAAAAACAUAUGCGCAGUUAGAGGUGGUUGAGUCUGGUAGCGAACAAGGUCCUAGUAUGUGUGGAGUUAGUGGAGUUCAUGGAUGUGAGGGGGUAGGGGUAUUAAAUAGGUGUCAUGAGAUUCAAACCAAUGGAAAAGCAGUGCUAGUGCCAAUUAAUGGUAUUAUUCCUACGGAUAAAAUGAUUGUUGAUUCUUUAUUAAACGAUUCUAGUUGUGAAAACUGGAACCAUGAAGUAAGACAUUCUCCUGGAGACUCACCGGCGCAUUCACCUGAACAUAAAGAUCGUGAAAAUUCACCUGAAAUUGAUCAAGUUGAUCGCGACCUUGAAAAUUUGACCCAAGCAUUAGAAAAUGACGAGAAAUGUGUUCAGUCCGGUGAACAAACACCCUUGUUGCAAGAACCAAGUGCUCAAUGUGCUCACAGUGAAACCAAAAAGGAUUCCACGGAGCUGAAAUCACAAAAGAAAUGUGAAAAUGACCAUGAUUAUGCAGAUAGCGGAUACUCAGACUCUAAUCGAGCCGAGUUCAAAGAACACGUGACAGAUCAUUCUGUGGAACAUGUUUUAGAUACUGUGAUUUAUUCUGAACCUGAGUAUUCUUCCUCCGAUAUGUCAAUUAAGUGUACAGGAGACACGCUAAAUAAUGCAUUAGACAAAUAUCAAAGAACAUUAAAACGAACCACCAAUGGAACGGACCAUACUGUUUAUGAAUUAAGUCCCUCAGAUUCAUUUUACAGUUCGGCCGACAAUAUGCAGACUGUUGGAAAAAGACAUUCAUUAGCAAGCGGUGAUGGUAUUUGUAAAAUCGGCCAAAGUUCCUCAAGCCUAACCGAUGUGCAGCGAUCUCGACACCCUUUGACCAGAGACACAAGUGUCUCUUUCAAAAAGCCAUUGGUUGCUGGGGUCAAUGAUGAAAACACAAGCAGCAGAGUAGACUUGCAUCCGGUAGAGUUAGCCGAUGCAGAACCAUUAGUUACGCCAAAUGCAAAACAAACAGCUAGCUCUGAAACGUUACCUUCGCAACUGAUAUUGGAAGACACGCGGACAUACUACCGACGGAAAGCUGCCGACAGAGGGACGCUUUACUGUGCCGCCGGCGGAAUCACAGUUGUGGCGACCAUAGUUUUCUUGCUCAUUUAUUUUUCAUGAAUUAUUACCUUAUCUCGUUCAUUUUUUGCAUAUUUUAUUGCAUGUUAAUGUAUCCGAUUUGAAUAAAAAUAUUGCUAGCCA